GGUGCUGCACAAUCAUUCGUAAACAAUUUUUCGCUACGUCACAUGUUCGGCGCACGCUCUGUGGCAGCGCUCAGUCUAUCCACAAAGCGACUUCAAUCGAUAAACUGGAUGAAAACAUUCCCUAAUCGGUCUUCUAUUUAAAGUGCGUGCAGUUUUUGGUCGGCAAAACAAGACGAUUGAAACAGUUCCGCGACCCAUUAUCAUCGACAGCUGCGACGCGAAGGCAAACAGCCGCUGUGACAAGAUUAUUUGCGAAGAUUCGCCCGUCAGUCAUCGCGUAGAGUUGAACCCGUGGUGAACUCCUCGGGGUAAGGCAGCAGUGGAAGCAGAGUAUUUAAUUCCGGUGAAUUACGCAGACCGUCGUUGAAACUCGAAUCGAAAAAUGGAUGCAAAUGGAAUUCACUUCGACUCCGGCUCCACUGAACUGAAUCAAAGGAUAUCCGAAUGGCUGAACUGGGAUAAGAACGAGAACACUCUGAACGAGAUCAAAUCGUUGGUUAAAAGUUCGGAGUGGAAAGCGCUUUCCGCUAGGUUAUUGAAGCGGCUUGCAUUCGGAACGGCUGGACUCCGUGGGGUGAUGCAGGCAGGCUUCAAUGCCAUGAACGAUCUGGUAGUCAUUCAGUCGGCACAAGGACUUUGCAAGUACAUUCUUGAAUGUUAUCCUGCAGCUUCGGACCGGCAACGUGGUAUUGUGCUCGGUUUCGAUGGACGACAUAACAGCAAGAGAUUUGCUGAACUCAGUGCGUGCGUAUUUCUUACUGAUGGUAUUCCGGUGUGGCUAUACAGUAAAACUGUAGCGACGCCGUUCGUUCCUUUUGCCGUGAAGGAGCUGAAUUGUCUAGCAGGUAUUAUGGUCACGGCUUCACAUAAUCCGAAGGAAGAUAACGGUUACAAAGUGUACUGGACGAAUAGUGCCCAGAUCAUUUCUCCACAUGACAAGAAUAUCCAGGCAAACAUUCUGCAGAAUUUGGUUCCUCUCGAAUCUUCCUGGAACCUGGAUCUGCUGAAAUCGGAUCAACUGAAGGACCCGUACGAUGCUAUGUCAAGCCUAUACUUCGAAAAACUGGCUGCAAAUGUCCCGAAAACGUUCGUAUCCGAUUACAAUCGCAAAAGCUCGCAACGCUUCGUGUACUCGGCCAUGCAUGGCGUUGGGUUCCCAUUUAUUGAACGUGGUUUCGAAACCAUCGGACUGCAACCGGUGGUUGCGGUCAAGGAACAACGAGAUCCGGAUCCUGAAUUUCCCACCGUUAAGUUCCCCAAUCCGGAGGAGGGAAAAUCCAGCUUGGUUUUAUCGAUAAAGCUAGCAAACGAGACUGGUUGCGAUGUGAUUCUGGCAAACGAUCCGGAUGCAGAUCGGCUGGCCUGUGCCGAGAAGGAUCCCAGCACUGGUGAAUGGCGUGUUUUUUCGGGCAACGAAUUGGGAGCGCUGCUUGGAUGGUGGUCGAUUCGUUGUUAUCGUGAAGAGUAUCCAGAAAGUAGUCUCGCUGACUGCUACCUGUUGGCAAGUACCGUUAGUUCCAAGAUGUGCCGGUCUAUUGCAAAAAUUGAAGGACUGAAUUUUGAGGAAACUCUGACAGGCUUCAAAUGGAUGGGCAACAAAUCGGUCGAUUUAAUGGCUACCGGUAAGAAGGUGCUCUUUGCCUUCGAGGAGGCAAUCGGAUUCAUGUGUUCGCCAACUGUUCUGGAUAAGGACGGUGUCAGUGCAGCCUGUCAGUUGGCAACGAUGGUGUGCUAUCUGAGAAGCACUUCCAAUCAAUCGUUAUCGGACAAGCUGAACGAAUUGUACGAUAUCUAUGGUUAUCACUAUGCAGUGACGUCCUAUCAUUUCUGUUACGACCCGGUCGUGAUAGAGCGCAUCUUUGAAAGAAUCCGCACGAUGGAGGGUGCUGACAGUGGCUACCCGAAAGCUAUCGGCGAUGGUCAGUAUAAAAUUGAAUCGAUUCGGGAUCUUACCACUGGAUACGAUUCUACUCAAGCCGAUGGGAAAGCGUUGCUGCCUUCGAGCAAGAGCUCGCAAAUGAUUACGUUUUCGUUCGAAAACGGUGCGGUCAUUACACUCCGGACAAGUGGCACCGAGCCGAAAAUCAAGUACUACGCCGAGAUGUGCGCCAAACCAGGACAGAGGGACUGGAACGCAUCGAGGACAACCCUACGGGACAUGAUCGACCGUAUUGUCGAAGAAUUGCUCGAACCGACAAAGAAUAAUCUCACUCCCCGUUCGGAAUAAGGAUUUCGGAUCCUGUUCUAGUUGCACACUCACACGAACAUGCUGCUAUACUGUAAAGCCACUUCGGUUGAGUGUAGCGACAGAAGACAAUGUAAUGUAUUUUAAGUUUCCAAUUUAUUUCCGCUUGGCGUUCACCACCUUAGGGGUAAUCAAUCUAUCGAGAGGCUAGUAGGUAGGUAUGUACUCGCUCCAUUUAGUGCUGUGCCACUCCAAAGCUAGUUUGGGAACGCCUGACAGUUGAAACUAAUUAAUCUCCGUCUAAAGAAGCACACUGCUAUGCUGCUGAUUUCGUUUUUACUUCAUUAUGAAGUGGUAUUGUACUCUAAGUACAUGCAAUUGAUCUACAAUUUGUAUCUCUCUAUUAGACCGUUGAAUGUUUUUACAGUUUCACAUUAAGUAAUAGUACUACAGGAGUUUAAGACAAAUAAGCUGUUAUUUAUUUUCAAGUAUUCAUUCUAUGAAGGUACUAGCAGUUGUUCCCUAAUUUAUUCACAGUCAAACACUUGACUGCACAGCAUGUUGAUGAAUUUAGAUUCUGUCUAACAGUGAUCGACAAGAUAAAAAAAAAAUAAUGGGUACUUCAAGUUUAUUUAAUGAGAAUAAAAGGAACAGAUAUAGUGUGCGGAAAA